GCAAAAUAACAGAUCGGAAAAAAAAAUCAUUACACCGAGAAAAAAAAAAUGGAAGAUCUAUGGAAGAGAGCGAAAUCGUUUGCAGAAGAAGCAGCGAAGAAAUCACAAACCAUAACACUACAAUCAUCUUCAACAACCUUCGUCAAUCUCGUCUCCGAAACCGCUAAAAAAUCCAAAGAGUUUGCUCUCGAAGCUUCUAAGAAAGCCGAUUCUCUCAAUGUCUCCGAAUUUGUCGCUGAGACGGCGAAGAAAUCUAAGGAAUUCGCCGCCGAGGUUUCGACGAAAGCGGAUCAGCUUAAAGUCGUUGCGUUGAAACAAGCUGAUCAGAUCCAGAAUAUUAAAUCGAUUGCCGACAUUAUACCUGGAGGAUUAGGAUCAGGAUCUAGUGGUGGUGGUUCUGUGAUCUCUGAAUCUGAGCUUGUUAGCUUUGGUAUUACUGAUGAUUUGAGAGAGUUUGUUAAAGGUUUGACAUCUGCUACGUUUCAGGCUUUUCCUGUACAAGAUGAAUCGUCGGAAGUUUCGGAUUUGGAAACUAGUGCGUCGAAUGUUCGGAAGGAUCUUUCUGAGUGGCAGGAGAGACAUGCCACUCUUGUUCUUGGUUCGGUCAAGCAAAUUUCGAAGUUGAGAUAUGAAUUAUGCCCGCGAGUGAUGAAAGAAAGGAGGUUCUGGAGGAUAUACUUUACCUUAGUGAGCACUCAUGUUGCACCAUAUGAGAGAAAGUACAUGGAGGAACUUAGGAACAAAGCAGAGAAUAAAGAUGAAGAAGCUAAGAAGAGUCCAGGGGUUGGAGGGACAGAAUCAGCUGAAAAGAACGUGACAAUGAACAGAACAUCUACUGCAUCAUCUGAGCAAGAUCUCGAUACAUUCCUUCUGGGAGAUCUAGAAGACAGUGACGAAGCUCCUGAUGAUGGUGAUGGUGAUGAUGAUGGAAGCCUGGGUGAUGAUGACUUUGACAAGAUUGGCAACUCUGAUGUUGAAGAAGAGAAAGAAACAAAUGCAGCAAAAAAUUAGAGAUAUAUGAAGUUUUGUUACACCCAAUUGUGGGGAAGUAAAUGGGGAUGGUAGAU